AUGGCCAGUUUCGACUUCACGUCUCGUCUCGAGACACUCAAGAGCCUUGGGGUGAAUGUUGAGUACGGCGAACAUGUGCGAGAGGAGGAACUCAACGAAACAGCGUCGAUCAAUUCAGAGGAUGAGUUUCCCGCCGUAGUGGCCCCCCAGUCUGGAGGGAAAGAUGCCUCAUUAUACGACGCUGGCCGCGACGUUUGGAAUUCCGUGGGCCAUUCUUUGCCAGAGAAGAAGGCGCCAGUUGCGAAGAUUGACGAUUCGCCUCCCGUGCUGCCUUUGGAUUGUUCUAACUUCAUUGUUGGAGAGCCUGCAGAUGAGACUAUCAGCUUUUGUUCCUGGAAGGUCGUUCUAGCUUAUCCCGAUAGCUUCAUCGGCAAGGCGAACAGGCCUCGAGCCAAGCCCUUCUUUGACAAAAUAUUGGAGGAUCGAGUCUGGGAUUUCUUCUACCUCUACCAUCCUGAGAAACCUGGAGAUAAGCCUCGUCUGCUGGUGCCCACGGUUCAGCUGGAAUACUUUCUCAAGAGUAUCAACAGAGAACUCGGAACUUCUCUCGCUAUCCCGGGAGGCGCAAACCAAGAUCGCUUCUAUAUGAAAUUCGGCCAGGGAGAUUCGCCAAGACCACGAUAUCUGAAGAGAUCAAGAGAUCAAAAAUCCUUGGACAUUGAAAGCUUCCCAGACUUUCAUCAGGCGGACUGGGACAGUUUCAGGGCCGCGCAUGGUGCCAUUCAGCAAGACUGGAGGGAAUCCUGGAACAUGAUGGUGCCGAGGCCAGCUUUUCGCGACAAGAAGAAGGAUAACGGAAGAAAGGCGGCUCAGAAAAAGCUUGACAGAGAGCGGAUGCUUUACGAGACCCAAGAAUUUCUUCAUCUGAUACCAGACAGCGGCAAGGGGGAAGAUGUUGUUUUCCUCUGCAUGGACGUCGAGGCCAUCGAGAUGCCGCCGAAUCCAGUUUCUGAAGUCGGAAUAGCCAUUCUUGAUGUCAAGGACCUCAAGGGCGUGCCGUCGGGCCCUGGUGGCCAUAAUUGGUGGCAGUUUAUCAAGGCAUACCACCUUCGAACCAAGGAGUAUGCAGGCCUGGUGAACCAUCGCUUCGUCCAUGGGUGUCCUAGCUACUUCGAUUUUGGUAAAAGCACCUUUCCUGAAGAAUGUGAGCUUCCCGAAGCAAUUCUGGAGAUCCUGGCGCCGUAUAUAAAAAAGAAGCGUCAGCUUGUAUUUGUCGGCCAUGACGCCAACCAGGACAUCAAGUACCUCUCGAGUGUAGGAUUCGAGAUAUUGUCCCUUCGAGGUCUUGUUGAGCAACUAGAUACCAAGGAUAUUCACCAGGCUUGGAAAGAACGGGAGAGUGGCAAGGGCCUUGUAUCCGUCCUCAAUGAUCUAUCAAUUCGCAGCAAGCACCUGCACAACGCCGGCAAUGACGCCGUAUUUACUCUCCGAGCUCUGAUUGGCGUCGCUAUUGAAGAGAUUCGAGAGAAGGAAGCAAAGGCGAAAGGAGAAGAGUACAAGCCGGCACUGUGGGACGUCGAGCAGAAGGAGCCCGAGGUUGAAGGAAUGGAAAAAUGGGUAUAA